AUGGCCGACGUUAGCGAUCAAGCACGCGGCAUCUGGCUCCUUCUCCUUCUGCUAGCUCCAUUCCUCACCGCUUGCUCUGCAAACCCGGGGGCCGCGCUUAGCUCUAAUCCAAGCAUCUCAUCCAACCAAUGGAAUGCCAAACGGGAGAUUGGCCUCGACGACCUGCCUGGUAACCCGGUGGUUGACUGCGCGGUUAGCAACUUGGUAGCCCCCAUGAGCAGCUGUGUGCAGGGCGCCUCCCAGCUGUGUUGCGCGGCGAUCGACGCGGCCUUUGCGCCUGGGGCUAAUGCGUCUACCAGGAACUGUUUGUGCUUGCCAAUGGUCGCGGCCGCGGGACAGAAGGCUGCGCUUGGGCUUGGGGUUGACUUCAACAAGGUUCUGUCCGACUGCUGGACGGCCUACGGACUGCAGACCAGCUGGUUUGGCGGGACCAACGGCCACUGCCCAACGCUCCCGGUGCGGUCCGACCCAUACUUGUGGCGCGCACUCGCGCCCAAUAUGGUCGUCCUUCUCCUCACCUACUGGGCACUGUGCGGGGCCGCGGACUACGGGCUCCGCCGUUGGGUGCCGGCCUACCGCGACCUCUCGCCGCUCAAGCAGCGGAACGUCGCGACGUAUCUCCUCGAGAUCCUCGUGACGUCAGCGGCGCUCGUGCUGACGCUGACGUACGACGCGGACAUCCUCUUCUUUGGACGUAUCGGCACCCUGGCGAACGCCACUAAUGCCGGGAUCGGCUUACUCCUGGUUGCGACGCUCUACGUCUUCGAGCUGAUCUACCGGAACGAGACCGGAUUUCCGCUCAUGCUGCACCACCUCAUUACAAUCGUGCUGGUCGUGCUGCUCGUCUUCUCGAACGCGGACAACGCGCCGUCCACCGAGGCGCGUAUCGCUCAGCGGUUUUCGCUGCUCAUAUCGCUCCACGCGUCCACGGAGCAGCUCACGUUCGUGGGGCUCGCCAUGUACCGGCUGGGCCACCCCUGGGCCGCGCGCGUCAUGAAGAUCUCCACGUGGCAGGUCCUCGUCGUCAAGCUCGUCAUCAACCUGCUGACGUGGGCACUCCUGAUUGACUACUACGUCACUACGUACGACGAGCCGUCCGCGUCGCGCAGCGGCACCAACUGGCACGUCGUGUGGCCCAUAAUGCUCCCCUUCCUCAACACGGCUCUCUUCGCCUCUCAACUCUACUCCGUCUACAUUAUCCACAUCAUCGCAACGCGGCACGAGAGGCGCAUCUCCGCAGAUACAGGCGGUGACGUCUCCCCGUCUGGUGACGACGUCGACGAGCCCGACGUGGAGAAAGAGGUGACGUUGCGACCGGAGAGCACGCCCAAAGAGGAGAAGAGGGCACCUGCGUUUGACCGGACCCUCAGCGCGCCGGCGGCCGUGCGGUUUGUACGGCAGGCCAGCCUGCAGCGCGCGCGCGUGUUCGCGCACCAGGCGAGCAUCAGGAUCCGCGAAGCGAUAGAUCAGGACAUGGAGAUUGUGUGA